UUGGCCCUGCCUCUAACGCUUCUGUUGCUCCCUUCUAUUUUUCCUCCUCCCUCUCUGCCACGUCUCCCCCCGGCUUCCACCGGAGAGGAACCCCUCUCUCACGCCGCCCCCAUCCCCAGAUUCCUCCGCGAGCGAGACGCGAAGGAGCGACACGUACCCCGACGGCGCAAUAAAGCAGAGGCGGUCGGCGACCUGGGCCGCGGCGAGCAGGGGCGGGUCGGCGGCCGGCGACGCGGCAGCGCGAGGGGUGGGGUGUGCACGGGCGAGCGAGGGAAAAGCGGGGAGGAGGGGAGGAAAGAGGAGGUCGCGGGUGGAAUGGAGGUGGUUGAUCUGGUCUCGUCCGACUCCGAGUCCGAGGAAGAGGACGAGGCGCGCGUGCACUCGCCCGAUCGGAAGCGCGCUGCCUGCGAGGCGGAUCCAAGAACCGAGUCGGAGAGCUUCCUCGAGCGGGAGAGGAUGGCGAGGCUGCUGCAUCGGCAUCCGCAUCCGCAUCCGCCGCCGAGCCAGGAAGUGAAGAAGGGCAAGGAGAAGGUCGGCGAGGGGGAGAUGCUGGAGAGAGCGGUGUCGGCGCCUGUUGAUCCUUUGAUCGGCUCCCGUGGCUGUACAUUGGGAGCGGGAGGCGAAAGCAAGCCUGGAGAUGGGGGAAAUGGCGGAUCAAUCUCCGCGCCUCAGGAUGAAUCAGACAGCAAGGGGUUGCAGGAGGGACAUGGACAGCACGGGCUGCUUCACAGUGGUUCCGGCACGCCGGAUGACAAGUGGAAGGGGAUUCUUGGUGCGAGGCCCGCUGAUCCUGCUGUCGACAAACUGUCGCAUUCGCGGGACAAUGGCAAGAGAGAAGAUGAGGUUCCAAUGCAUGAACCAAGCUCUGUAGCCACUAAUGAAGUUACUGGAGCUGGUGAUGUUUCCAUGGAAGAUGGUAGCUCCACAUGGCUAUCGAGGAUCAAGGGGCUCAACUACCCACUUCUUGAUGAGAAUCAGUUAAGAACCAGACAAAUUGAAUCCGAUGAGGAGUUUGCACGCAGGCUUCAGGAGCAGUUAAACAAGGAGCAGCCAGGCUCGCAAAACUUAGAAGAGGUUGAUACAACACUAGCCUGGACAUUGCAAGAGGAAGAUGUGGAACACGCUAGAAAUGCUGUCAGAGAGGGCCAAUCUAGCUCUAGCCAAAGGGACCGUUCAAUGGCACACUUGUAUUCAUUUGGCCGGCACUCACCAGUUCACAGUAUCAAUGUUCUGACUCCAAUUCCAAGCAGAAGGGGUUCGCAAAGAAGCUUCAACCGCCCUGACAGAGAGCAACAGAAUAUGCUUAUCUCCCAAUUGACUAGAGGAUGCUUCAGAGAUGAAAACAUGGAUCUAGAAACGCGCAUGGCAAUACUGGAUUCACUCGAAGAAGCAUUUGGAAACUUCGGAGAGGAAUUUAUGUCAGAAUCUGAUGAUGAUGACUAUGAGAGCCUAAUAAGACUUGAUGACAACAACCAUCACAGGGGUGCUUCUGACAUUCAAAUAAACAACCUGCCACUAUCUGUAGUUGAGGGAGAGAGUUGUUCUGAUGAACCCUGUCCUAUAUGCCUGGAUUGCCCUGCUGCUGGUGAAUACCUCCGGCGUUUACCGUGCCUGCAUAAAUUUCAUAAAGAGUGCAUUGACAAAUGGCUUCGGAUGAGGAUUUCAUGCCCAGUAUGCAAAUCUGAGGUGAUCUGACAGGAGUCCAUACCAUUGGCAAGUAAUUUUUUUUUUUGGAAUAGCAUGACAAACCGUGUCCAUACGGACCACCAUCGGAAAUAUUUUUUGGAAUAGCAUGAAUAUCUGUUUAAGCCGUCUCUUUUUUUUACCAAUAGAAAGCGUUGUUACUUGUAACCUGUUAGCUGUUACUGCCGGUGCCGCAGUGUGUAAAUAGCACGGUAGUGUGUGCUGCUUUCUGCUCUUUCAUGGAUCUCUAUGAACAUGAGAUAUUUGAAAGCUGUGGAGUAUUUUACGCUGCGAGAAGAAAAGAAAGGCAUUUCAUAAUAUCU